AUGUCCCUCCUGCAGUGUCCCCUGUAAUGUCCUGCGGCAGGAUCCGGCAUCUGUCAUCUGGGUUCCGUUCCCUGCGACGUCAGGACGUAUGGGGGACGAAACGGCAGGAAAUUUGAGAAUUACAAAAAUAAAACAUUCCUGUAUCAAACCAUUUCACAUACAUUUUGUCCCGAGUGCUUUGUCCUGUGCCCUGCCUGCAUUUUUACUGUUCUUUCUGCCUGGAAACUGAGAAAUGUCCAUGGUGUCCAAAAAGCGUCCCUUUAGGUCAAAAGCAGUUUUAGAUCAGCUAGAGAACAGCGAUAGUAAAUCAGAACCACUUGCAGAAUUGA